GUGUCGGUAUGGAAGAGCAGUCCUCUUCACUCUGUCUCUCUAGUGCCAGUCCUUUGCUCCAACCUCUUUACAUCCAAAUUAUAGCUUAAUAGUUUUUCCUGAUUAUUUGGAGCGGGAGCCCCAAUUUAUGAGGAAAUACUUGGUAAAGUCCACCAUCAACUUUUUCUUGGAGUACAAAGGAGGAAGUUAUCUUUUUUUGGCUGCAUACACAAGUCCUUCAAAAACCCUGCUAUAGCUGGUCACAGCUUCUGAUUCAAAAUGUUAUUUACUCUAGGACUGCUUUUCCUUCUAACCUCACUUGCCUCCUCUGAAACCACAACCAGCAAGAAGAGAGAUGGCGCAGAGAGAAACACAACUAAAAUCCGUGAGGUUUUAAACUCUUCUAAACCAAAAAUCCCACCUUUGGCUUCGACGCAAAACUUUCACCCCACCUUUAAACCAAACCCAGUAAAUCAGACUGUUUUACCCACUUCAGCCACUAAACUAAAAGUUCAAUCAGUUAACACUACUGAGGCUGGCAAAAGUAGACCCAGACCUACAGAUGCUCCAUCAGUAGCAGCAAAAAAUCCUAAGACGAACAAAGCAGUGUCCAACAAAGGCAAGCAUUUAGCCAACCAGACUGUCUCGGAUGAGUUGACCCGUGAUGCUAAAGGUAGAAAAGGGAAGCUUAGUUCCAACGGAACGCCAAAUGUUCGGUCAACAUCCGUAAAGUCUCCUUUAGCCCGCAUUGCAAAACUGUCAACACACAAACCCCAAUCUGUCAAUCACACAGUCCCAACUGUAUCAAAUCAUAGGAAGUUAUCAGAGGGUGAAGCUGCUCAAAAUGCCUCAUCAUCAUCAGUUAAGUCUCAUUCAGUCCGCAUGGACAAAAUCAUCAAAAACAAACAGAAGCAAACAGUCAACCAUACAAUUUCAAAUGGACCUAUUUUAUCCAGUCAUAGCAAGACUGCCAAAAAUAAGACAAUUCCAAAUGUUCCUUCAGUAUCCAAAAAAUCUCCCUCAACUCACACUGCUAAAGCCGUCACAGAUAGACCUCUGCCAUCACUCAAUCAAACAGAUGUGAAUGAGUCUCAUUCAUCCCAUAACAGCAAGACCAAAGAGGAGGAGUCUGCUCAAAAUGUUUCAUCAAAAGCCACAAAGUCUCCACUAGUUCAUACCACAAAACCUAUCAAAAACAAACCCCUGCAACCGACCAAUCACACAACAACUGUUGAAUCUGCCACGACCGGCCAUAGCAAGGCUGUCAAAAAUGAGACAUUUCAAAAUGCUCCGUCAGCUUCCACUAGCUCUCCAUUAACGUCCUCUGGAAAGUCCACCAAAAACAAACCCCAGCAAUCAGACAAUCCCACAAUUUCCAACAAAUUCGGUCAUAGAGGGAAAACUGAAGGCAACUCUACUCAAACUAUUCAGUCCACUAAGACCAAUACUAUCGAUGGUCCAAAGAUAACCAAAGGCAUCAAUCAGACUGUUUCUACCAUUCCCCUGGUCAAUGCCACAAAGCCUCCAAUAAAAGAUGGAAAAGGUUUAAAAGUAGCAACAUUAAACAAGACUUCCAUUGAGGUCCCCAACAAAAAACAGCCAACUGCUUCACAGCCAGUAACAGUGGUCAUCUGUAAUGGCUGUGACUCAAACAACAAGGAUCAAGAAGUGAAGCUGUCACCUGGCAAUCCUCUGGUGGUGACUCAUAAGAUAAGCUUGCAGCCGGGGGGCUGCCCUGAUGGACAUGAGGCUAAGUUGGAUGCCCUGAAAGAUCGAGUAGCCCGGCUAGAAAAGGAGAUGUCCUUUCUAAAAGAACAAUGCCCAUGUUCUACUAAAUGUCCAAAUGGCUGUAGUGGAAAUGGAAGGUGUGAAAAGGGAAGCUGUAUCUGCCAGCAGGGGUUCAUGGGUGCAGACUGCAGUAAGUGCAAACAAGGGGCAGAUUGUAAUACAAAAAAUGAGACUACAGCAAAAACCAAAAAACAGCAAGGAGGCACUUCUGAAAAGCAAAAAAUUGUCCCAAAAUUUAAUGACCAAGAAAGCCCUGCAAAAACGUACCCUAAAUCUGACCACCCAAAAGACGAGCCUCAGGGAAAUGAGAUCCAUCACAACGAAAAGACGUCUAUUCCACCUGAAAAGAAGAACGCUACAAAUGCAACCACUCUUGCAGCAUCAGACAAAGUCAUCUUGAACAAAGCAACCAUUAAUGAGACCAGGAGGACAGGAGGAUUAGGGUCAGUGAAGGUGGCAAACAUCUCCUCACACAGCUUCACUGUCACAUGGUUAGCGCCACAAGAGAUGUUCAAAAAGUUUACAGUGACCAAACGAGAGCUACUGUCGGAUGGCGACAAAAAGGAACCCCUGAGAGUCGAGGAACAGGACAAAAGCUCGACUGCGGGCAACACCACUAUGGUGGAAAAUGAAAGUACAACUGCAUCCUCUGGAAAAGCUGCUGGAUCAGAAACUGAAGCUAAGAGGACCUCUGUGGUGGUCCCAGGCCACGCACGCUCUGUGGAGAUCACCAAUCUUCAGGCAAACACACGCUAUGUCCUGCAAGUUUAUGGCAUGGCAGGAAGCAGAAGAUCAAGAACCCACCGAGUGACAGCAACUACAGGCCCUGAGCCUCCAACACAGAUGGUUUUCAGUAAUGUCACUGAAUCAUCUGUUGGUGUUUCCUGGGUCAAACCAAAGGCAACAUUUACAGGCUUCCGAGUUACGUACAUCAACAUUGUGUCAGGGGAAAGUCGAUUUGUGUCACUGGGAUCCAAACAGUCUCAUGUUGUCUUGCCUAAGUUGUCUCCGGGAACUUCUUACAUGAUUAGCAUCACUGCGACCAACGACGCAGCCCAGAGUGAUGAUCUCACAUCCAUUGUAACCACUGUCCCCGCCCCUCCAAAACAUCUUCAAGUCACUAACGUGACACACAAUAGAGCUUUGCUACGGUGGACUCCCAGUCUUGGGAAAGUUGACCGCUUCAUUAUCAGCUAUGAGUCCUCCAAGACUCCUAAUGUGACGGUAACAGUGAUGCUGUCUGGAACCUCAGUGGAGCACCUGCUGAAAGGUCUACAGAAAGACACUAUCUACACCAUCAAAAUGCUUAGCCAAAAAGACAGUCUGAAGAGUACAGCCAUCUCAACAUCUUUUACCACUGCGAAUGUGGUUAAACCCAGUGAAGUUUGGGCUCGCUCUGCAGUUAUUGCCUGGAAAACACCCACUGUUUAUCAGAGCUACAGAGUGAUCUAUGAAGUCCCAGGAAAAGAGAAAAAGGAGGUGAUCCUGGCAUCCACUGUCACAGAAUAUAAGCUGACAGGCUUAUUGCCCAUGUCACGCUACGUUGUUGUUGUACAAGGGGAGAAAAAUGGACACUACACAUCUGUGAUUACCUCAGAGUUCAUCACAGGAAAACUGCGGUUCCCUUUUCCCAUGGAUUGCUCACAAGAGCUGCUGAAUGGAGCUUCAGAGUCUGGGGAAGUCGACAUUUACCCAGGAGGGAAAGAGGGAGAGGCAGUCAGAGUAUACUGUGACAUGGAGGCUGAUGGAGGCGGUUGGACGGUAUUCCAGAGAAGGAUGAAUGGAAAAACGGAUUUUUACAGAACCUGGCCUGAAUACAGUGUGGGGUUUGGAAAUCUGAGUGAAGAAUUCUGGCUUGGUAAUGAGCUCCUGCACAACCUGACCAGUGUUGGGCCUGUGAGUCUGAGAGUGGAUCUGCAAUCAGGAAAUGACACGGCGUAUGCUCACUAUACCAACUUUUCUGUGGCUUCAGAGGAGAGGAACUAUACCCUUACUGUGUCUGGAUACACAGGAACAGCAGGCGACUCAAUGAGGUACCAUAGUGGACGUCCAUUUUCCACUAGCGAUAAGGACCCCGAUCGCCUGGAGACCCACUGUGCCAAGUCUUACCUGGGAGGCUGGUGGUACAAGAACUGCUACAAGGCCAAUCUAAAUGGCCUUUAUGGCGCUCACAGCAAAAAUCAGGGAAUAGUUUGGAUAGACUGGAAAGGCAAAGACUCUUCCAUUCCUUUCACAGAGAUGAAGUUAAGACCCUCCUGGUUCUCCUCUGCAACUCAUGGCUAAAAAUGAGUCACUCUCCAUCAGCAGACAGUCCCUGAUCUGCAAGACAGCCAGAGCUUCAGAAAAGUAAAACUAUAAAGCUGCUGCAUGCCUCUGUCCAUCUGUAAACCCAUGCAGUAGUUUAUUUAGCUGAACCUGAACCUGUUCUCUUUACUCAAUAUUUUUGGUUAUUUUUUUAUAUGUUUUGACUGUGCUUCUGCUGGAUGUAACAAGGAAGAAGAAAGCCGGUAUCAGUUUGAGUUUUCUGUUUCACUUUGAAGUCUUUAAUGUUUUUUCACCAACAUGGUUUGACAGCCCACCACUGCUGUAACUAAAUAUGCACUGUCUUACUGCAUGGAAAUAAAACAGGCUAAUGUGGGU